AUGUCCAGCCAAGAGCCCUCAGAAUCAGAGCUGGUGGAUGGGCCUCCACAAUUGAUCACUCCUGGUGUCCAGAGAGUUUUGCAGCGAGAGGUUGUCACUGGUUUUUUGGCAAACUUAGUAAUAUAUCCUAUGCUGGUCAUCUACUAUUUGACCACUUUCUAUUAUAUUUCAACCAAAGUUGUUCCCUAUACAUUCAUUGAUGAGCAAUUCCAUGUUGGUCAGACUUUAAAAUAUGUUGGUGGACAUUGGACGCAUUGGGAUCCCAAGAUAACAACCCCUCCGGGGCUCUACGUCCUUGGCUGGCUAAACUACAAAAUCACCUCUACUUUCACUUCCUGGACGGCACUGACUGCGUUUAGGUUGGUAAACCUAAUUGGUGGUAUUGUCGUUCUACCGGUUUGUGUUUUAAGACCGCUGUUCCUAUUCAAUGCAAUUGGAUUCUGGCCUGUAGCUCUAAUGUGUUUCCCUCUACUUUCCACAUUCUAUUAUUUAUACUACACUGACGUGUGGUCUACAAUUUUUAUCCUACAAUCAUUUACGUUUGUGCUGACUCAACCAUUCGGUGCCAAAGCAAGCAUUUGGCUUAGUGCGAUUUGUGCCACAAUUAGUUGCACUUUCAGACAGACCAACAUCAUAUGGACCGGAUUCAUUAUGCUUAUAGCGGUGGAAAGAAGGGCUAUGAUUCAGAAGCAAUUUAAUACCAACAGUUUUAAUAAUUAUUUGAAGCUCUUUAUUCAUUCUGUUGACGAAUUUGGUGGCACGGUGCUACCAUAUAUGCUUAACUUUGUCCUUUUCUUCAUUUACCUUGCGUGGAAUAGAUCCAUAACCUUGGGUGAUAAGUCAAACCAUUCCGUGGGAAUUCAUUUGGUACAACUUUUCUAUUGCUUUGCCUUCAUAACGUUCUUCAGCCUACCACUUUGGUUCUCCCGUAACUUUUUGAGACUGUACAGAACAAGAUUCUUUUUGAAACCGUUGAGAACAAUACUAGAAGUCAUAGUGAUCAUGUUGGUGAUAAGGUUCUUCACCGUUGUGCAUCCAUUCCUCCUGGCCGAUAACAGACAUUACACCUUUUAUCUCUUCAAAAGGCUCAUUGGGAACCAGAGAAAGCUUAUCAAGUACGUUUUCAUGGCACCAGUAUACCAUUUUGCGACUUUUGUCUAUAUGGAAGUCUUGAGGCCAAGUGAGAUGAAAUUCGAUCCAGUGACUCCGCUGCCAAUUAAGGAUCCCAUCGAUUUACCCAUACAGCUUUCUCACAUUUCCUGGACAGCGCUGAUUAUUUGCACCUUCUUGACCAUCGUCCCAUCACCACUCUUUGAACCUCGCUACUAUAUUCUGCCUUUUUACUUCUGGAGGAUAUUUGUCACUUGUAGCGCAGAACCAAUUCUGGGUGAACUGGUUCCAUCAAAGGAAGGCGAAGAGCCUGUCACAAUUGCAUCUACCCAAAGACUAGCAUUUGAAUUCGUGUGGUUUAUGGGUAUUAACAUCAUCACUCUCUACAUAUUCGUGGCCCGUCCAUUUACUUGGGCAUCAGAAUCGUUCCUACAGAGAAUCAUUUGGUGA